CUCUGGCCGUGUUUACUGUGCUCUGUGCUUCCGGGAAAUUUACACUUACCUUUUAUUUUUAUUUAUUUAUUUAUUUUAUUUUUUUGGAUGGAUUUUCAACAUAUCAAAAGUCCUUCAUAAAAACGAAAACGUACCACGUCAUUGUUAUAUUAGAAGCAACCGAAACACAUCCUUCUUUAGUUUUGCAGUGGAGCGUACAGAAUAUAUCUAUACGUCUACAUCGGGUACUCUCAUCAUUCACUGUGUGGAUACUAGUAUCACAACAGCAUAAGGGUAUUUCCUUUAUAUUAUAAACAAGUUUGAAAAAGUAGACAGAUCUAGAUUGAAAUCAUGAAAACAUUGCACUUAAUUUAUCCAGUAAUUGCUGUCAGUGUUUUAACAGGCACAACUGGUAAAGCAGCAGUGCGACCGAUUCUAGGGGCAGUAAAGGAAGUAAUAUCGUUUGGAUUAGAUGUAUACUCCUUUUUCGACUCUAUCUUAGGAAAGGAUGAGACACACAGUACCCCCGCACCUAUUGAUUAUGACAGGAUAAUCAACAGAAUUUCGGAGAGAAUAAAAUUGUCAACAGAAACCAUUGUUUUCAAAAUUGAGCUGCAGGCGUAUCUCUCAGAAUUACGAAACGUUGCUCUUACUGUCGAAGAACUUCUUGCAGAGAUGGAGCGCAUUGUCCAAGCUAGAAAUAAAGACAAAAGAGAAGCGUUGCAGAGUCUAUUUCGCAAUAAUUUUGAGAGGCACAAAACUGAAAUUUAUAAAGUUAAACGCCUGCUAACUUUCAGUGUCGAUGUAUCAGGAAUAUCAGGGACAUUGCUGUCACUUAUUGCCAAAGAAUUAAAAUGCGGGAUCACUAGUCUCGAAGAGUUUCAAGAUUAUUAUAUGGCACUGGUUUCGGAUGUAGUUGCACUGGCUCUAUUAAAUGAAAGACUCUCAGAGAUAAGUCUUUAUAAUGAAACAAUUGAUUCUUGGCAAACAGCAAUAAAAUCUCUGUUUGAUGACAUGGAAGCACAGAAAAGCGAUUGUAAAGCAAAAUUCUUUGAAUUAGCAAAAGACUUCAGUCGCAUCAAUGAUCCCGCGGAGCUUCUUGAAAAUUUCCAAAAUAAAUACUCAUACCUGGACACUGACGUUCUAUAUCUUAGUGGAAGUUAUUGUGUGUGGAGUCUAAAAGCUUAUGAUAAAAUAUUAAAGAAGGUGAAAGAUAAUACUAUGACUUUUGCUUUUAUGAGUGGCAAAGAGAAUGUGCAAUCUUUAACAUCAAAGCAGUUUCAAAAAGUUGUAUCAGUGGCAGAGUUUGAGAACUGUUUGGACGAUACGGAUACUACCAAGGUCAUAUCUUACUUUGAUGGUUUAGGCAAAGAUCUAGUAUUUUGGCUAAUGUAUCCACAAGAACAGGCUGCUGAAUUCCAGAUUUUGCUCGAUCAAGAUUCAACUGCGAGUAAAAUAACCACUGAAACAGACGGCAUCAAAUACACGACAAUUGUUUACUUACGAACGCAGGACCACAGUACCAGCGCAUUCAUCACCCCUGAUGAUUUCGAUGUGAAAUUUUAUGAAAAGGAUGUAACGGUUGAUGAAUCCUCUGGUUUAAAGGCAUGGCAGGUGUUCUUUAUAAUCUGUGGUUCAUUUCUUGCGUUCCACUUUUUGAUUUGCAUAUGUUUUUGUUGUUUUUACUGUUUUUUUCGGGUUGUUAAACAACUGAAUAUGACAAUGUAUGCGAUUUCUCAUAUUAUAGCCUGUAUAGCCUGUAUAGCCUGAAACACAGUGAUCUGGUUUUAUCUCAUUAUGUUAUAUUCGAUAAAAACAAUGGUUGCAUGUUUAUGAUAACAUCAUUUCACCAUUUUUUGUAAAUAUUGUAUAUAGAUAUUUUAUGAUCUUUAUGAUAUUGGCGUAAAUGUUUGUCAACAAAAUCAAAUUAUCGAGUUUUCACUAUAUAUUCCAACCUCGUAAGGUGUUUACAUUUACCUGUUACAUCAAAUUUGUUUACAAGAAAAAAUAUUUUAAGGUAUCGAAUAAAACGGAUUUUGGAGAUUAAUCAUACCUAUGGUAUAACAUGUUCUUCUCAGAUUUUGAUAUAAUUUAUUGUUACACUAAAACACAUAUUGUUAUUCAUUCAAGAAUAAAAGUGAGACUCAUAAGAUAAAAUGUCAAAUAUUUUAAAAUUGCCAUAAGGAAAUGAAUUUUAUGAAACUGAGGUGAUAAUUCGCGAGAAGGAAGAAAUUUAUACUAACAAAUAGGAUAAGUGUCAAGACAAAUAAUAAAAUACUAAUCGUACUGUGCGUUUUAUAAUUUGGAGAAAAUAGCGGGAUGUCUAGCUUCUAGCUCCUAUCGUAGCGGAGAAAUAACAACGUUUUAGAUACCUGAUUCAUAUGCAGUAUUCUAACUUGUGAUUUGCAUGGUCAUAUCAUGGUUAAAUAACAACAAAAUGGAGUGCGAUAUCAAAUCCUUACAUUCCGUAGGAGCUGUUAUUGGAAUGCACAUUACUUUUAUGUUGUUUUUCCCUUAAUUGUAUAUUCUAUAAUUGUCCACGUAAUUUUAUCACAUAUCUAAUAUGCUUCUGGUGUAUCACUGGCGGUGUGUUAUCAUUCUUAUUGCAUUCAUAUAAAGGAUAUUUUGUUUGUAUAUAUUAUAAUAUCAUACAUAUACCUAGUGAUAACAAGAUGCAAUAUAAUCACAAGUUAUAAAAGACACUUGUUUGUUUCAGUGUGAUAAAGAAAUAUAUCGUCACCGAUAAAGGACUCACGAGGGCGAAGCCCCUGUGAGUAUGUUGUGAUGUAAUGAAGGAAUAGUUGUUGUAUUUUUACGAGAUACUUUCAAUGUACCGAAACUUGUUUGCUUGUGUGUAUGUCUUGUUAUCUUUUGAGAUAUAAUGAUGGAAUAGUUCUGUAAAUCUGGAUUGUAUAUGUAAAUGUAAAUAUAUCCUUGUGUUUACACUGCUUGUAUUUAUCCCAUCCUAUGUAUACAUCAUGUAAACUGUGGUCGUCGUGGAUCUAUUCACUUUUGAAGGCGUACAACUAAAUAAUAUGUUCGCAUGCCGUUUUUUUUUGUCUGUAGUCUACAAAUAAUGAACAGUUCAACUUCAAAAUGGAAACAAAAACAAAAAUGCACCAUGCAGACAUCGCUCAAUGGGUCACAUUUGAUUACAUACGUCACAUUGGCAGGACGUUGCUAUUCAAACAACUGCCAUUAGCUGUCAAUUUUGUCGUUUCAGAGAUCAAAACUUUAGAAGGACUUAACUGUAAAACGCAGAUCUGUCAGGUCAUUUUGUCAAGAUAUUUACAGAUUCAUUCGAAAACAAACGAUAUAUCAAGACAUUGAAAUAAAAAGAGCGUUUGAGGGACAAAGAUGUUUUGUUGAAUACUCUGGAGAAAGAUACAGAUAUUCAACUAUUUAUUAAGGAAAGUUGAUUUAGAAAAACGUGGUCUGCUAUUUGUACCAACUCAUUUAAAAGGCGUAAUGACAGAGGAAAUAUAUGUGUAUGUCUUAUGUUUGAAAGACAUUGAGAUUCAAUAUGGUAUUUCCUCCAGAACAUAAAAGCCAUUUGGGGCAACAACUAUGAAAAAAGAUGAAAAGUUUGACCAGACGCAUUUCUGUAUCCAAAUGAAAUUUUGAGUAUCUUAGUCUACAAAAGGCACACUUCUCACAGUUUGUAAACGUUUAAAAACUCAUUUUUUUUCGGAAAUUUUGCAUGCCAAAAUUUACACAUGAGCAAUGCAUUUUGGUCUUAAAAUCAAACACAUCUUGAAAUUAUCGCGGCUAUCUUUUAUCAAGUAAUAGGGAUAUGUUUUCUGUAUUUGUUUAUCAAUCACUUUUCAUGAAAUGAAGAUUAUCUUUUGCAUUAGUCCAAAGCGUUAACCAUUUCAUUCUUUUCUAUAUUCCAUUACACUUUCAUUUAUAUUCCAAUAACAGUAAGAACAAUGAUUGUCUUUUUCUCCAUUUUGAACAAUUGCUUUUAGGUUAACUGUUAUGAAUUUUACACAUAUUUGCUAUAAAACAAGAAAACAAAUCAACAUGUAUAAGUAUCAUCAGUAUUUGUCUGGAAAUAAUCAAGUAAAUUUCCAAAGUUUUAAGGCAUGUCUUUGAUUGGAAAAAUUGUUCUGUCGGCACUCGGUUUGGACAAAUAGUGAUGACAUUGUGUCUGUAUCUUUAGCAAAGAGCACAAUAGAAUCGACACUUCAUGCACAAAAAUUGCAACGCGUGACGGUCGAUUUUUCCUCGUCCGUUUUUUAAUAAGGCUUUUAUUACAUAUCUAUUUGUUUUGUUUUACUGAAUUUUAUUAAUAAACACUCAUUUUCUCUA